AUGCCACUACAACCCACGACUCUCACACCCGCCGCCCUGGCCCGCAGUCUCGCCGACCAAGCCGCAUCAUCCGAGUCGCACGAACCCGCCUUCCUGGUCGUGUACGCCGGCCUGACGAAUGGACGAAGCUGGUGCGGCGACUGUCGACAGGCCGAGCCGUUCUUGAACAAGAAAUUCGCCGACCCGGAGAGGAAUGCUACUGUCGUCUAUGCGGGGAGUCCGCAGGAGUGGAGGAGCCCCGACUCGCCGUGGCGACAGCCGCCGUUCAACGUGACGAACCUGCCGACCCUGUUGAAGGUCACGAGCAAUGGGGUGAGCGCUACCAGUCUCCUAGUGUCUUCAUGA